AUGAACACUCGUUGGCAACUUCAAUAUGAAAAGCUAUGGAGUCGAAAGCUUCAGGAUCCAAUCAAUUGUUUGGCAGUCGGCAAACCUUUCCUUGAAGAGCUUAUAGAAGAAAAUGAUAUCCUCAUUGGAAGUACAGCAGGUCGUAUCCUCAUUCUGAAUCAAUCCAAGCCUCCUGAAGUGCUCAUGGAAACCAAAGGUGGCUCGAUCCAGGCAAUGCAUUUAUACGAUCUGACAGGCCUACGAGCUCAAGAUCUGGUGGUGGGAGACUCGAACGGUGUGGUGACCAUGUUCUCGCGUCAACGGUUUCUGAGUAAACUGGAUAUCGGUUCACCAGCAACACACAUUUGUAUACAUGAGAUGGAAGCACAGGGAUACGAGAUUAUUGCCGGAAGCAUGAAUGGUCAAGUGACGAGUUUUCAUCCACGUGAGCUAUUUUGGACAUUGGAUAUUGGAAGAGAAUCAAAGACAACAGCAACGCUAGGCAUGAAUCGAUAUCGUGCUGUAGGCAUCCAUUGUAUACUAUCUGCCAUUCUCAAUGAUCGAUUCAACAAUCCUCAACGUACGCUCUUGGUGUGUGAUGGCUGGCCCUUUGUACACUUUAUCCAAGAUGGCAAAAGAAUCCAAUCAAUACGUGUGCCAACGGUCAUUCAAUCGAUGGCAACAGGUCGCUUUUUAUCCGCAUCAUCUGCAAGACGUUUUCGAGUAUCAUCUGAAACAUCAAGACCAAAAUAUCAUGCCGAUACAGAUAUUGUGAUUGACACCAAUCAAGUACUUUUGGGUGGUCAAGAUGGAUCUGUGUAUAUUAUGGUUGAUGGAGAGAUUCAUCCUUGGUUCAAAGUUGGCUUUGGUCUUUCCAAGAUUAUGACUUUUCGGCCGACCUGCUUACCAGACAAUGAACCAGAUCUUGUAGCUUGUGUUGGGCUUGCAAAUUGCAUUCGGAUAUAUAGUCAUGGCGAGUUGAUUUCCGAAAUCAAGACGAGCGAUUGGCCACAAGAUAUCACCGUAGGGGACGUGAAUGCAGAUGGACAAGAUGAGCUAGUGGUUGGCCUGUUUAACAAUAUCGUUGAAAUAUAUGCUUGGAAGUUGAUACAAUAA